UGGUGGAGGACAGUGCGUGUGCAUGUUUUUAAAUUCCAUUCUCACUCCUUUUCCAAGGAAUUUUCAAUACGAAGCCCUUCAGAUUUCCAGCCUUGCUUUCCAUGGUCGUUAGAGGAUUGAUAGCAGUUCAUGGAGACUCUAGGCCAAUCUUGAUGUACAUCAGGCUGGCGUAAUUGCACUCCACUAUUUUAUGUUCACAACAAACCUGCAAGGGAGAAGCCCAUUGUGUUCUUCUAGAAGGCCAUCACUCCCUGUCUUCCCUGUCUCCUAGAAUUUUCUGCCUUGAUUGCUGGUUGCUGUGGGGACCACCCAAGAAUGAAAAUGGAGGAGCAAGACUCAGCCGGAAAUAGCCUAGGCUUGAUAUCACACAGAGAAAGAAAAGGCCUUCUAGUCUCCCAGGCUGGAAGUAUCCGUGAAUUCUUUCAAAGGAUGCCCAUAAGUCAGGUGAAACAGGAGGAACCAGAUGAGGGCCUGCUUCAGCGCUGGGAAGCCCAGUGGGAAGAGUUUCUGAAGACCAUGGAGUCUCCUCACUUAGGCUGGGGGAUUCCACAGUUGUCAGAAGACCCCACACCCUGGGUUGACACAAAGGGAUUUCUGGCCUCCUUUGAGCAAGUGGCUAAAGCUUGCCAGUGGCCCAAGGAAGAGUGGGUGACCCGACUCUUGCCAGCUUUGAGUGGAGAGGCUGAGCAGGCCUUUAGCAGGCUGGAGGGCAGGGACAGAGAGGAUUAUGGGAAAGUGAAGGCAGCCAUCUUGCGAGGGGACGCCAUCAGUAGAGAGAAGCAACGCCAACACUUCCGGCAUUUCUGCUAUGAAGAGGCUGAGGGGCCCAGAGGGGCUUACAGCAGACUGCAAGAACUUUGCCAUGGGUGGCUGAAGGUCGAGAGACACUCCAAGGAGCAGAUUAUGGAGCUGCUGAUCCUGGAGCAAUUCCUGGCCAUCCUGCCCCUGGAGAUCCAGAGCUGGGUGAGGAAACAUGGCCCAGAGACCUGCACCCAGGCGGUAGCCCUGGCGGAGGAUUUCCUGAAGGUGCAACAAGAGGCUGAGAGAGAGGGAAAUCAGGUGGCAUUUGAGGAAGCAGCUGUGAGUUGCUCUGAGGCAGGCCAGGCUCUGGCUGAAGUUGAGCAGAGGCAGCUGUGCACAGGGACCAAGCAGGAAGAUGUCGACGGGGAGGUCAGCCCCUUGGGUCAAGGAUGGCUCUCCGUAGAUGUAGGAGAGGAAUACAAGCCUGAAGAUUCAGAACGAGCCGAGCCACCUGAAACGUCGAUGGUGAGCGCAGCUGAACCCAUUCCCCCAGAAGACCUCUCCGAGAGUCUGCACAGAGUAGAGUUCCAUCCAGGAGCCUAUGCUGGGGAGAGGGUGGACAGAUCCAUUUCUUAUGGAGCCGUUUACAUGGACCUUGGAGGAAUUGCAGUCCAGCAAAGAAUCCAUACUGAACACAGACGAGUGAGUGGAUGUGAAAAGAAAAAUAAUCUACCUGACAGCCCUCAGCAAGUGGAAUACGGGGGGUCUUGGAGAAGAGUUAUGGGGAUGAACACUUUCCAGGGUCAUGAACAGACAACUGCUUCUGAGAAUCAGCACAGGCCAAAGAGGCAGCAAAGGAGCAGAAUCUGUAAAUAUCGUUUGUGUGAGGAGAACAAGUUGCUCAGUGAAACCACACUGAGGCAGAACCAGAUACCAUCCACUGUAUCUAGGCAAGGCUUCAAAGAACGCCCAGGCCUUCAAAAACCGGAAAAGGCCCAGUGUGCAGCGUCUGGGAAACGCCUCAGUCACAAGUACAGCCUUUUGAGGCGUCAAAGAGUCCAUACCAGGAACAAACAGCAUAAGUGUUCUGUCUGUGAGAAAAGUUUCAGUCGUAAUUCUCACCUUAUUUCCCACCAGAGAACCCACACAGGGGAGAAGCCACAUAACUGCUCAUACUGUGGGAAGGGCUUCAGCCAUAAGCCCAACCUUAUUAGACAUAAAAGGAUCCACACAGGGGAAAAGCCACACAAAUGCUCUUACUGCGGGAAGAGCUUCACACAGAGCUCCCACCUUAUUCUGCACGAGAGAAUCCACACAGGGGAGAAACCAUAUCGUUGCUCGGCCUGUGACAAGAGCUUUACUCGGAAUUCAUUUCUUACUAGACAUAAAAGAACCCACACAGGAGAAAAGUUGUAAAAAUACAAUGUGGGCAGAGCUUUACACACAAGUCACAGCUGGCUAGAAAUUCGAAUCAUGGCGUUUUAGAGUUGGGAUGGGCCUUGGAGACUGUUUGGUCUAGCCCGCUUCAAUGUAGGGAAACUGCUACAACAUCCUUGACAGAUGGCUGUCCAGCCUCUGUUGGAAAACCUCCAGCAAAGGAAAGCCUCCGACUGCAUGAGAUGGACUCGUGCAUACCUGUUGUAUUGUUGAAUACCUGUUGUAUUGUUUUUAUGCCUGUUUUUAUAUUUUUUAGCUUGAUGUUUUUAUUGCCUUUUUACUGUAUGUUUUAACUUUUGUAAACCGCCUUGGGGUUGUCUUUUAACGAAAGGCGGUAUAUAAAUGUAAAAAUAAAUAAAUAAAUAAAAUUGACUAUU